AUGCGCCAUGGCGGACGGGCGGGGUCGGUGACGUACGUCUCAUCAUCCAGCGACGAGAGCGACAGCAGGGCCGGCGCGAACCGCGACGCCGUUCUGCACGGAGGCGAUUCCCAGGCCGUGCCCCCAACGUCGUCUCAGGCGCCCUCAGUGGAGGCUGAGUGGAGUCCUGGAGCUCAGGUGCUCUUUAUGCCGAAUUCGGCAGGGUCUUCCGGGGCCGCCUCCGCCGCAGCGUGGGAGUUGGGGAGAGUUGUUGAGGUUCUGCCAACGGCCACCGCCAAUGGGGGGACGGGAGGCAACACUAUGAAGACAGACGAUCGUGUUGUUGUGGUAGAAAGGGUUGGUCGCGGAGGUGUUUUGGGUGGAGGUCGUGUCCAUACAACACUAGCGUGCGUGCGCCGGUACAGUUAUGAAGGAUCGCCAUUAGACCUCAAUGAUUUGUGUAAAUUACCCGAGCCGAGCGAUGCGGCUUUGCUUUAUUCUUUACAAGAGCGAUAUUCUGCUGGAUUACACUACACCUUUACGGACCGAGUUUUGCUGGCAGUGAAUCCGUACCAGCGGACGGUGUAUCCGCCGCAUGCCCCACACCCAAAGCAUAUUGUGGCAGCAAUGAGAGAGGCGCUAUGUGUGCCGCAAGUCCGCACUCAGAGCCGGGAAAACGACGGUGAUGGAGCUGCCCCAGAAACUGAACUGGAUGCCACCUUACCGCCAAGCCCAGUGGCCCUUGUUGUAACAGGCGAUAGUGGGGCAGGGAAGACGGAAACUGCAAAGCUUGUUCUUCAACAUCUGCUUACUCAACGGGCCCCUGGCACGGAGGAGACUUCAUCGUCUCCUGCAGCCUCUGUGUCUGGGCACCUGUUGCAUAUCCUUGACGCAACAAAUUGUCUACUUGAGUCUUUUGGAAACGCCUUGACGCCGCUGAAUAACAACUCCUCUCGAUUUGCAAAGUGUGUCACGAUUUUUGUAAAUUCACGCACCGGAGAAGGCGUUGGCGCCAAAGUUGAGUGCUUCCUCUUGGAGGUAUCUCGGUUGGCGGCUCGCCCACCAGGUGAGUCCACGUUCCACAUUUUUAACACGCUCUUUGACGGAACUCACGGACUAACACCGGAGGAGCGAGAGCGCUUUGACACAUGGGACCCGGCUCUCUUCCGUGCAAUGCAGUCUGGUGCGCAUGAGCUCUCGCUAAGCUUUCCCCCGUACACGCUCGCGCAGUUUCGUGUGGCCCUGAGGUGGAUUGGAUUUAAUGACGAUAAAGUGGCAAUGGUUCUGCAAUUGUUGUGUGGUGUGCUCCACCUGCUGAAUAUCGAGUUUACGGCGCGCGAUUUGUUUGCCCCCGCCUCUGUUGCCCCUGCCUCGGUCCCCGCACUGGAGACGGCCUCGCGGCUGCUUGGGUUUUCCUUGACGGAGCCCCACCUCUCUCUGGCGACGCUCCUCACGACGGUGCGACUGGGAGGCGAGGUGCGGGAGCUGCACUGUGGGGCGGCCGAGGUGGCGCGCGACUCCACUGCAAAACACCUCUACGAGUCCCUUUUUCAGUACAUUCUGCGCGGCAUCAAUGAGGCGCUGCGCCCAUCGACUGCAGAGGUGGAGGCGGGGUGUGGCGAGUUUACCGUACUGGACAUCUUUGGCUUUGAAGUCAAGGAGGACGCAUGCGGCAGCAACGAACUAGAGCAGCUGUUGAUCAACUACGCGAAUGAGACGGUGCAGCGUUUGUAUGAAGAGACGACGUUUGACAGCUUGUUUGCCGAGGCAAGGCGCGAGGGGGUUCACAUGGAGUUGCCGUCCGAGUGGAGACUGGAGCGCGGUUCCACCUUUGAGCUCCUUGUGCAACGUCCGCAGGGAGUGCUGAGCAUCAUCAAUGAUGAUAGUCUUCUUGCCCAGCGCUCCCGUCCGGAAAGCGGGGCUAAUUUGGCCGCAUCGCUGAUUUCCCUCCAAAAACGUUUUCCGGGUUUAGUGCGACCACAUCGAUCAGGUCCUGCCAAAGUGUCGCUCCAGCACUUCUGUGCGACUGUGGUAUACGACACCGGUAGCAUGUCUGCAAAAAACCGCAUCUCUACCGCGGCAGAGUCGAUAUGCACCGCAAGCCGCAAUGGAUUUCUCCAGGAUAUCUCUGCUGCCGCUUCUGUGAGCCGCACAGCGCAGUGUGGGUCACCGAUGAAGGGGGGCAUCAGAGGUGGGCUUGCCCCUAGUUCGUACGCCACCACGCUAAUUGAGCAGUUUCGUUCGCAAAUGGAGUUGCUCAUGACGAGGCUGAAGCUUUCCACACUCUUCUGGAUUAGAUGUAUUAAACCGAACAGGCAUAAAAGUCCGCAUGAAUUUGACGCGACCCUUGUUCUUGCACAGUUGAAGUAUGGAGCAAUUUUGCGUUCGCUCAUGUUGUUUGGACAGGGCUACUGCCAGAGUCUUAGCUACAAGUCUUUUGCGCGCAAGUACCUUUCUCUUGCGGUGCGAGGUUACUGCUGUGAUGCGUUUCAGCAGGUUGGCAUCGGGAGGGACAUUGAUGUUUCUGGUUCACGAGGAGCAACCGAAAAAACUCCAUUGUGCCCCUUGUUGAGUAAGCAGACCCGAUUACAGAAUGGUGCGGCAUUUGAUGCCGCCGUCUACGCCGCACGCUUUCGAGAGGCCUGUAUUUUGGCGACCGAGUUUCUUCCGUGCUGUAUGGAUGGGGCUUUGUUGCUUGGAGUCAGCAAGGUGUUUCUGCGCUCGAGCACGCUCCGGGCGUUGCAGACGCUGGGCAAAUUGGCAAAGAGUGAAUCGGCGCAGCGCAUAGCACGAGCGGGGCGUGGUUUUCUGCAGCGACGGUCGUUGGCGGUGGCGUGGCGUUCGUACCUAAAGGAGAAGCGACUGGCUGGCAUUAGAGAACGCAUAGCGGCAGAAUUGCCACGGCGUGAGGCCUUGGAGAAAGAACGCGAGGUGUUGCUCUUGCGGUCUUGCGAGGGGCGUGCGGAGCAUUUGGCCUUCUUGUCGCGUCAGGCGAUGCGGUCGUCGAAGCGUGUUGAGCGGCAGUGGAGGGAGGCGAUGGCGCUACUGACCUCAGAGCUAACCGGGGCGAUGGGGGAGAUGGCGAUGUUUGAUAAGGCACGACUUCAGAAAGAGGAGGAGGUCCGGAGGGAGGCGGAAAUGCGGGAAUACUACAGGAGGGGAAUACGGGCGUCCAUGGAGCGGGGGAGGCUGAGUCGCGAGGCAGAGCAUCGCCGCCUGCGUGAAAAGCAGCGACAAGCGCCCCGUGCAAAGGCGGUGUCGCGCCGCAGCCAGGCGGAUAUCGACGCCGAGCGUGAAAAGGUCAUACGUGAGGAGGUCAUCAAGACCCGUCAGAUGCAGCAGCGAGUAGAAGAGGAGGUGCAGAUGGAGCAACGGGAGCGGGCGCUUUGGCGCCGGGAACACCUGGAGGCGAGAAACAUACGGCGCCACUUGGACAAGCAACAACAGCGUAUCGCCGAUCGGGCCCGGCUGAAGGAAGAAGUUGAGCAGCGGCGUCAUGUGGCCUCACAGCUGUGUUUGCGGUCACGAUCGUUUCCUCCCUCGGAGAUGCCAUUUUUGGGUUCUUGUGCCGGAGAGCGGGGCGUGCCGGAGGAGGUGUUGAACGACUACGCGGCACUCGGGCUGGUGAAGACGCCUGCAUCGAGAGGCAGUCGCACAGCAUCACGUGUGCCGCUCGCGCCUUCCAUUCAUCGCGAGGUGACUUCAGGCAGCACGAGGGACGAGCGGGACCCGGAAGUGGAAUGGGUCUUGCAGAGGGAUAUGAUGUCGCUCUGGGAGUCCGUGUACGAUGGAUCGAAAAUCUGA